AUGGAGGAAUUGAAAAGGGGUCUCUCCAGCAUGGAUGCUGACUCCCUCCCCGAUUUCCAACUCCUUCCCUAUUCAUCUGAACACCCCGGCUCCAACGCCGGCGGGGAAUUGGAAUCGCUGUCGCAAGCAUCAGAUAACCCGAUCACACUCAAUGUGUCUUCAUCAUGGACAUACUGCGGUCCCCUCUUAACCCUGGAAGAAAAUAGCCUCCCAUCCUCCUUCCACACCUGGGCUCAAGCCACCGUCAACGGAUCCCUGCUGACCCCCCUCUUCUCGUUCCUGGCCUACGUGCACGAAUUCCUCGCAGCGAAUAACCUCGCGCACUACUGGUUAACCGUACGGGCUACGCAAGGAUCCACAGAGUUCGACGUCCCACGCUGGCACACAGAUGACCUAUUCUUCUCUCCGCUGUCCACAACAAAGCAAAAGACAGUGUCAAAGUCAUCAUUAUCGAAGAAACUCAGAUUCACAACACGAAACUACUAUGAAACCCAGCAUACCAGAUAUCCAGACUACGAUGCCCUAAACCCAUUCAUCCACCCCCAACCCACCCAAGCUCAAGCUCAACCUCCACCCAAAAACGCGCAAAUAAUAACACCAAACCCGAACCCCCCCAGACUGGAAACUUUGCACAACACUCCUAGGCCCAGGAACCCUCUUCAUAAACUCCAAAAGAAACCUCGCCCGCACAAUCCAACGCACCACAAAAGCGGCCGUCCAAAACGAAAACCCAGGCCACAUCUGCCUCUCAAUCCGACGGUGCAGUCCCGGCAGGGCGAGUGUGUCUUUUUUCGCGUUGGUGAGGACGAGGGUGCUGUGCAUUCGGAACCGAGGUCUCAUGGGGAUCGGGUAUUUGUUAAUGUUGUUCCGGGGGAUGAGCGGGAUUUGAGGUGUUUGAUGGCGAAGUGGGGGAUGGAGUUUCCUAGGGCUUGGUGUGUUGGGUUGCCGCUUCAGAUUGAGGGGGAGGAGGUUUAUAGAAAUGUCGGUGAAGUUUGA